AUAAUAAUAGCAGUAAUGCGAUAAUAUUUCAGUGACCAAGUAAAAGUUGCCUUAUCAACAUCAUUGUGCAUUUAAUUUGUAAACCAAAAACGAAAAUGGAAUAUAUUACUUUAACUUCCUCUGACUGGGGUACCGUAAAAAAUCCCAAAACAGGGGAGAAUGAGAAAAUUACAAAAUAUACAUGGACUAACACGAAAAGCCAGAUGAAAAUUGAGGUAAUUUCAUAUGGAGUAAUAAUAACAAGCAUUUGUGUACCUGAUAAAAAUGGUAAAUUGGAAGAUGUUGUAUUGGGCUUUGAUAACAUUGAAGGUUAUCAAGGAAGUGACAAUCCCUACUUUGGUGCCCUAAUUGGUAGAGUUGCUAAUCGAGUAAAGGACGCAAUCAUCACCAUAGAUGGCGAAAAGUUCAACGUUCAUAAAAACUUUAACAAUAAACAUCAGUUACAUGGUGGUUUCCAUGGCUUUGACAAAUGUAAUUGGAGAAGCUUUGUAAAGGGAAAAUGUGUCACAUUUAGUCAUCUUUCAUUAGAUGGGGAUGAAGGAUACCCCGGAGAUUUACUUACAACAUGUACCGUCACAUUAGAUGACAAAAAUAAUCUGACACUCACGAUGAAAGCUCAUUCGACGAAACCUACUCUCGUUAAUUUAACGAAUCAUUCGUAUUUCAACUUGGCUGGACAUGGCACGGGAUCUAAAGAGUUAUAUAAGCACGUUGUUACUGUGUAUGCGGAUAAAAUUACGGAAACAGAUGAAGAUUCAAUUCCUACGGGAAAGUUACAACAUGUUUUAAAAACACCUUAUGACUUGCGUGUUGCUCAAGAACUUGGACAAGCAAUGGCUAAAUUGACAACUUAUGGCUUUGAUGAUAAUUUUUGUGUCAUUCAGGAUGAACAUAAGGAUCUUUCGAUAGUUAGUCGAACUGUUCAUAAAGAAUCAGGAAGAGUUCUUGAAGUUCACAGUGAUCAACCGGGAGUUCAGUUUUAUACAAGCAACUACAUGCCUGAUCCCGAAAAUGCUAUUCAUCCAGAAGGAGUUAAAAAGCAGGAUUCGCCAAACUUGUCGAAAGCAAUUAAUGGAAAACAAGGCGCUCAAUAUCAAAAACAUGGAGCCUUUUGCUUUGAAACUCAAAAGUUUCCUGAUGCAUCGAAUCAUGCACAUUUUCCGAGUACAGUUUUGUAUCCGGGCGAAGAAUAUAAACAUGUUGUCGUUUAUUCAUUUGGAGUUGAACAUUAAGAUUUGACUUAUUUUUUAUUGAAAAAUGGGAAUCGAAUAAUAAACAUAU